GCAUUUCGUCAAGGAAAUUGUUUGGUUAACAUUUUUAAUGCCAUUUGGACUACGUCUUGAAAAUUGUAGCGUGCCGUCAAAUUUUAUUUUGCCCUUGCCCCUCGGAAAUAAGUAGCAAGAAAAGAUGCCAGCUAAGACGACUUCUGUUAAGAAAAGGUUUGUGUCUGAUGGUAUGUUACGUGCAGAACUCAACGAGUUCUUAACACGAGAACUUGCUGAAGAUGGUUAUUCUGGUGUUGAUGUCCGUGCUGCUCCAUCGCGCACAGAAAUUGUUAUUUCUGCAACACGUACCCAAAACGUAUUGGGUGAUAAGGGACGCCGUAUUCGUGAACUUACAUCUCUCAUUCAAAAACGUUUUGACUUCAAAGACAAGGCAGUUGAACUUUUCGCUGAGAAAGUAGCACAACGUGGAUUGUGUGCUGUUGCCCAAGCUGAGUCAUUACGUUACAAGUUGAUUGGUGGUUUAGCUGUCAGGAGAGCAUGUUAUGGUGUGUUGAGAUUCAUCAUGGAAAGUGGAGCUAAGGGAUGUGAAGUUGUAGUGUCUGGUAAAUUAAGAGGUCAACGUGCCAAGUCAAUGAAAUUUGUUGAUGGACUUAUGAUUCACAGUGGUGACCCAUGCAAUGAUUAUGUUAAUGUGGCUACUAGACACGUUUUGUUAAGACAAGGAGUUUUGGGUAUCAAGGUAAAAAUUAUGUUGCCAUGGGACCAAACAGGUAAACUUGGCCCAAAGAAGCCUUUGCCAGAUAAUGUCAGCGUUGCAGAACCCAAGGAAGAAAUUCUACCCAUAGCACCAACCAGUGAUAUUAAAUCUAAACCCGAAGUAGCAGUACCUGCUGUUCCAGUUGUACCUGUUGUUGGUUGAAAUGAUUGUAUAAAAUAAACUAAAGUUUUUUUUAAACACAA